CCUCCCUUUCCGGUCGGGUCCGCCCGGUCUCCUCCGGCAACCACGUGGGUUUAGGCUGGACUCUUCCUGAGUUGUUGCGGUUCUUGGUGUUUCCCGGGUCUGGGCUGCUGAGGUCCUGCAGGGCCGUGAGGACGUCACCAUGCCUAAAGCUCUAAAGGGAAAAACUGUAGGACGGGAAAAAAAAGUCAUCCAUCCAUAUAGUAGAAAAGCAGCUCAAAUUACAAGAGAGGCCCACAAACAAGAAAAAAAGGAAAAAUUGAAGAAUGAAAAGGCAUUGCGUCUCAACCUUAUUGGUGAAAAACUGCAGUGGUUUCAAAGUCAUCUUGAUCCCCAAAAAGUAGUAUAUUCAAAGAAAGAUGCUUGCGAAUUAAUUGAAAGGUAUUUAAAUCGAUUCAGCAGUGAACUAGAGCAGAUUGAAUUACAUAACAGCAUCAAAGACAGGCAGGGAAGGCGGCACUAUUCCCGGGAGACAGUCAUCAAGCAGACAAUGGAGCGUGAACGACAACUGUAUGAAGGAUACGGCCUUGAGAUUCCAGACAUUGUAAAUGCAGGUAAUCUGAGAACUUUUAGGGAAUGGGAUUUCGAUCUGAAGAAAUUGCCAAACAUUAAAAUGAGAAAAAUUUGUGCUAAUGAUGCAGUCCCCAAGAAGUCUAAGAAGAAAACUGUUACGGCUGUAGACAAAGAUUUAGGGGAACUGGCACUAAAAGAUGAAUCAAGUGAUUCAGAUGAGGAAAUGACAGCAGUGGCCUAAUUGUCCUUUGUUUGAGGUGAAAGUAAAUAAUUUGAGAGCUUCGA